AUGGUCGGCGUCGGAAAGCCACGACUGGACAAGUACGGAAAGAUACUCUCUCGUCUUUUCGAGAACCUCGCUCUCUUUCACAUUCUCAAACGAGCAGAUGGCCCUCCUCUCAUCGCUGCACAUGCUCCCGCCACUAUUCAAGAUGCCCGACGCAGGUUCCUGAAGAACUUGAGUUACAUCUGUGAUUACAGAAAGGGAGGCGAUACUACGACAUCUAUGGCACUUGAGCAAACAAACCAGAAUUGUGUGUUCUGGAUUGCAGCGAACUCGACGCCCAAUGAUAAAGUUAUUAUGUUUCUUGAGGAAGUUCUGGAAAUGCUUAAGAAUGAGCCAAAGGGAACCGAGACAGAACAGAAAGCUUUAGGGGUCAGACUCGCGAAGAAGUGUGCUGACUUUGCCGCUCCACGGCUGAAGAAGGAGAGCAAGCUUCUCCAUCGGGCUGUAAGAUACUGUGAAAAGUACCUACAGGCAGACACAGCCGUUGCUCAGAAACCUGGAGUAAAAGCACUGCUGGAAUGGCUGCCUCAGUUCUCCUCUUCUACAGACGCUGAUACUCUGACCCUAUGUCAAACAGCCUAUGAUGCUCGUCAUGAUCCUCAAAUGGCGACUCUGAGAGUUCUGAGCCAGGAGUUAAGUGUUGCACCAUCAGAGACAGCAAAAGCAUUUCAGGCAGUUAGGCACUUCAUUGGUCGUCUAGCUGAGCGUGUACGCAACGCAGCCAGCCUAGUUCAAGACACCCUCCCGUUAGGCCCGUUACUCAACUCAUACGAAAUAAGACGAGUAGAGGUUCCUAUCGCAGCGAAAGUGCCACCUCCAGAUGGUCACACGAACUUGAACUCGAUACUCAAAAGAAUGUUGCCAGCCAAUGACCCUCGUCUCGAAGAGAUGCAGAGCUAUAUCGCCAGGCUGAAUGGCCCAAUGAAUCUCGAGGAGGCUAUCAAGGACAUGUACGCCGAGGAAUCGGGUCAGUCGUGCGUGCAUGCCGAGGUCCAGAUGCUGGAGGAAUUUCACAGAAACAAGCGCAGUUUCAUGGGAAAUGAUCGAUAUAUCGCCUGUAGCAAGCUUGCCUGCCUCUGUUGCAAGUUCUACUUCCGACAUCACCCUGGGAACUUCCUGGAGCCAGAAUCGCACCAGAAGGCUUAUCUGAACUGGAGACCCGUGGACCUACCUGGUGGUUGGAACAAUGAACACUGGCUUGAUCAGCGCAAGGUACUGGCGAUGCUCGCUAAAGAAUUGGGUGAUGCCGUGCAGACGCAAAUUUCCAGUCAACAGCAGCCGAACCCGUGGCAGCCGGACUCUGUUACGAACAUUACAGUGAGUGCGGCAGCAUUUGACCUUUCCGAGUCUCAGGAGGUGGUUGUUGAGAACAAUUCUAGCGAGAAUUCGGCGUCGCUGGAACAUUUAGGUGAAAGUGACUUCAGUAACGGAUACUUCAGUGACGGGUAUGCCACUGAAGUAAGUGAAGGAUAUGAGCAUAUCGACAGACAUGAGAAGGAUGACAAACAGGAGGACGGUGACGAGAAUAGUGACGAUGAGUCUGAUGGUGGAGCCAUCUUGGACAGUUGA